AUUUGUAACGACGACGUUUAUAGACGACUUUAGCUUUGAUUGAAACACACGUCGGUUCAACCAGAUCGGUUUUCUCUGGUUCGUCGUCGUCUCUCUCUCACACUAGUUAACACAAGAGAAGAUCAAACAUCAGGAAUCGAAAAUCGAUCUCUUGUAUUUCGAAGAGAAAAGCUUCAGAAUCAGACGCACAUUUCUUAGUACUUGCAAUACAGGAGGUCAUAAUUUCCUUUGUGUUGUUUCAAUGGAGGAGGAUAAAUCGUCCGAGUCGAUAAAGGAAGAGAAGGAAAAGCCCGAAGAAGAGCAACCAACGGCGGCGGCGGCAGCACCGCCUUCGGGCGGAGGCGGCGGAUGGGGCGGUUGGGGUUUCACUCCGCUGUCCGUUUUCUCAGAUCUCCAGAAGGCCGCCGCUGUCGCCGCCGAAGAGAUCUCUCGCAAUGCUGCUGAGGUUGCUAAGACUGCAGCAAAGAGCAUUGCAGAUUUGCAGAAUGUGGCUGAAGAGUCAGAAUCUUCUAAGGAGGGUGAUGGGGAAGAGUUUGCAGUUGAAGAAGAAGAUGAAGAUGAGCAUGACAAGCAGCGUAAGGCUGCUUUGGAUAAAUUAGAGAAGGCUAGUGGGGAUACAAUCCUUGGGCAGGGUUUGAAGGUUCUUGAUACUUCUGUGGAGAAUUUUGCUUCAGGAGCAUGGCAGGCGUUAGGAAGUGCUUGGAGAGGGGGUUCCAAUUUGGUUAACAAGCUUGAGGAUUCUGCUGUAAACCUUGCUGAAUCUAUUCAGCAUGGGGGUUUACCUGCACCUGGUUCUCUUGCACCAUCCAUAAUUGAGAGUGGAAAAGCUUUUACUGCCAAGGGAAUGCAAGUUCUUGAGCUUGUAGGUAAGGAGACGAUGGAUCUUCUGAUUACAGAAACUGGCAUUCAAGUUGAGGGUAAUCUGAAGGAAGGUCAACCGCGAGAUCAUGAUGAUCAAAUGUUUGAAGAAGUGACGUUCGACAGGUGCUUCUACAUUUACGGAGGUCCAGAACAGUUGGAGGAAUUGGAGGCGUUGUCCAACCACUAUACUCUGCUAUUUAACCGGAGAAAAACAAAGCUAUCCUCUGAACAGAAGUCCGUUUAUGAGGGCAACCUAAAACAGGUGCAAGAAAUCUUCAGGUUUAGUUCUGAAAUUGACGGAAGUGCUGUAGAGUCAGAAAAGGGAAAGAAAAUUGAAACUGGUGCCGAGGACGGUGCUGAUGAGAUGAAGAUUUUACACGACUCAAGUGUCAGCAAGGCUGCUGAAAUGGCUGCUGGCUUUGCAAAUGCACUAGCAGGAAUAGCUGCAACUGAUAUACUCCAGAAAACUGCUGGCAGAUUGGAUUCUCUCCAUUCAGAGGGGGUUCAUAGGCUCUCAGAGAUAUGCUGUUCUGCUGUGUCUCAGCUUCUGAUGCUUGCAAAAUCCAUCACUUCUAAUGCAAACAAAGCCCAGGAUGAAGAUGUUGAUGAGAAUAUCGUGCAUAUGGAUUGGCCUGAGGAUUCUAUUGAGAAAGCAAAGAUAAUCAGAACAAGGGCACAAUCAAUGACUGGUAAUGUGGAAGCAGUAUGCAACAGUUUCAUCACUGGCAUAGUGGAUGUAGCUGAAGCUUACGCAGCAGCCAUAAAAGGUGCUAGUGCUGAGUCGCAGGAACUUCUUCCACAGAAAUCUAUUCAGGAAAAAGCCGAUUCAUUCUCCGAGAAUCUUCGUUCUGAUCGAACCACAGCUGUGGGCAAAAUUCAGGACGGGCUCCAAUACCUGACAUACUUAGUUAUUUCUACCUCCAUGCCUGUUGCUUGAUAUUCCACCAAAAUACACGUUCUUCAUUGUCUUGAUGUUCCUGUUUGUAUAUAACUGCAUUCUGAAGUGGGCUCGACUCCUGGUCUCUGUUUGGAUUCUAUGCAGCCGCACUGUUGCGCUCUCGUGAAGAAUUGGAGAUAUGGUACUUUCUGAAUUUGUGUUAGUGUUGGAAAUUCGUUCUUUUUGUAGCUUUUGGACAUUAUUUUCCCGUAAUUUUUCUUGUGGAAAUAAAAUAGAUUUGGUAUGAAAUAUGGUGAAUUGGUGCUUCAA